AUGAGACUCAGCACUGCUGUCAAGUCAGCAUGCUUCCUCCUUCUGGAUCAAAGCACCAUUGCUGAAGGAGCAAAGACCCCUAAGGGCAUUCUUCAGACAUGGCCUAUUCCCGAUGGCAUUGACACGUUUCAACCUAUUCUCAACGAGGUCAACUUCACCACUGGCGGUUCUAUCAAAUACAAUUCAUCUCUGGCUUACUUCGAUUUUAACGGUACUGUCGAAAUCCAAGCCAGAUAUUUCAGAAGUCCAGUUUUCAAGGCUGUUAUCAGGCCUUACUCCCUCAACCUGACUCCUAAGAAGUCUGGCUCUGUUGUCACUUUCACUUUGGAUGAGCCGCGAGAUAUUGUUGUUCAAGUCAACGACAAUAUUUUUGACGCCCUGCAUAUCUUUACCAAUCCUCCCGAUGCAGUUGUCCCAUCCGAGGGUGACAAGGAUGUCAUGUACUACGGCCCUGGCUAUCACAAGCUCAACUCGACGUUGGAGGUCGGAUCUGGGAAAACUCUGUAUGUCGCCGGCGGAGCAGUGGUUUCAGUCCCUGAUAUUACUGUGACCAACUCGAGCGAUGUGACCAUACGUGGACGGGGCCUCUUGUACAGUCCAAAGGGAAAUUAUCUGAACGUCUACCGAUCCAACAAUGUCUUGAUCGACCGUCUAGUCGGGAUCAACUUUUUGCCCAGGGCAUACGAGUCAAAAGACGUAACAUUCAGCCACUGGUGCGACUUCAGCGCUGUUCAGUGGGGAGAUGGUAUGGACGUGUAUUGCUGCGAGAAUGUUCUUAUUGAUUCCGUCUUCCUGCGCAAUUCAGACGACUGUAUCGCGGUCUACGCUCACAGAAAUCAAUGGUAUGGAAACUCGACAAACGUCACCAUCCAGAACUCAAUUCUGUGGGCUGAUGUUGUCCAUCCGAUUAAUAUUGGCACCCAUGGCAAUACUGAGGACCCUGAGACCAUUGCAGGUCUGACCAUCCGCAACAUCGAUAUCCUCGACCAAAGAGAGGGACAGGUCGAUUACCAAGGGACCAUCGCACUGAACCCCGGAGGAGGCAAUCUGAUCCAAGACGUCUUGAUUGAUGACGUGCGCGUCGAGGAUAUUCGUGUUGGCCAACUGCUUAACUUCCGUGUUAUGUACAAUACCAAGUACAACACGUCACCCGGCCGAGGGAUCAAGAACGUGUUGGUACGUGAUUUGAAGUACCCUGGGACGAAGGCCAGCAUGUCCAUCUUUGUCGGUUAUGAUGAGGACCGGACGAUCAGCAAUGUUACGUUCGAAAACCUGGUCAUCAAUGGGAAGGUCAUCUCGGAUAACAUGCAGAAGCCGGGAUGGUAUUUGACUACAGAUUUUAUUCCGGCUUAUGCAAAUGAGCAUGUGCACAACAUGACUUUCACUUCUACUUGA